AUGUCCCGCGACGCAUCGGUCCCAGAGGCGACCCCGUCGUCGGGGAUCUCUCCUGAGAUCUCACCCCCGGCAUUUCCACUAGGAACACAACUUUUGUCCGAAGUAGAACCCUCGUUCUCUCAACAACAACAAUCCGAUCCAUCACUCGCCUAUCCGCGUGCCUUCCUUGAGGCGCUGCCGACAGAGCAUAAUGCAGGCGCCGCGUUUACGCCCGUCUUUGCCAACUCCAAGUGGCUCACGCUCACGGGCAGGCGUUCCGUUCUCGAUUUUCUGACGCUGGAGGGUACACGACAGUUUGAAGCAUGGGUCACUGGCGCAUCCAGUCCAGAGACCACGACGCUCGACUUUACAUUCCCGUCUGGCCCGGCGACCCUCGAGUUGACGCGAACGACUCUGCCCAUCACACCUGCCCCUCCAGACGGUGAAGACUCCACCAAUGCCAAAUCGUAUGUCGUUGUUACGACCGUGCCUCGUUUCGCAGCGACAUGGGCGACUACAACACCAAUGGCAUUCAGCGUCGAGGAUCCAUUCUCGUCAACGCGCGACGGUUCCAGCCCCGCCGAGUCGUCGAGUGCAGUCCGCCGUCUCCAACCUCAUCGGUCCCCCGCUACCGCUACCUCUUGGUCAACCAUAGAAGAGGUGCUCACCAACAUGCCAAAAUGGACGCCUGGUACAGCCCUUCACUUUCACCGCGAUGCCGACGGCAACACGUUCAUGACCGGUCUCAAGGACAAGGCACGAGCUCAUCCGGUUGCCCAGUUGCUGGAAGAGUUUGACUUUUCCAAGACUUCGCUGGGACCUAGGUCGUCAUGGGACAAGACGUUCCGCAACACUGUUGAGCUGCUCACACUGAACCCCCAACGUGCUUGCUUUUGGUCGGGCAAGGAUCUCACGAUGAUCUACAACCAACCUUACGCGGAUGUGGGUCACAGGAAUCCCAGCGCCAAAAUGCUGACAGUAGCUUCUCCCAGACCAUCCACAGGCUUUCGGACGCUGUGGCAAGGAGUCAUGGGACCUCUUGGGCCCUUGACGGAGGUUCUUCUGGCGGGAAUACCAGUGUUACAAGACGACCAGUGGAAUGUGUUGCCAUCUAAGGACAACAAGACAUAUCAGCAAUAUGGCGCCGCCACGUGGAUGCCUUUGCGCGGCGAAGACGGCAACUUUGCUGGCUGCUUCUGCGAAAUCAGCGACAGUACUAACCACAUUCUCGCCAACCGCGAGACUGUGCUGCGCAAACAGUUAUGCAUGCGCAUAGGAGCUGCAAGGAGCGUUGACGACUACCACAAUGCUGUCAUUGAUGCAUUGAAGGCGUGCUCGGCGGACGUUGCCUUUGGCAUGCUCUACCAUGUCGAGGAAAUCAGUAACGUCCAACCCCACGUACGCAUAGGUGUUGGAAUUCACCCACGCAAAGAGCAGAGUGCUCGCGUGACCUACGUUGGUGGCGUGAACGUGCCAGACGGUCAUCCAGCAGCAGCCGAGGUGCAAAUCAUUCCCAUCGUCGACCCACCAAACGUUAUGAUUGCGGAAGCCUUUGGCUCAGGAAAUGACAGCGGGUCGUCGUCGACGGCGGGCUCCGAGUCUCCACAGACAGAACUUUGGCGCACGCAUGAGCAGUGGCCGCUGGCGGAAGUGCUGCAGUCAGGUGCCCCUGCCAUUAUCGACGACUGCUCGACGCUGGCUGCCGCCUUCACCCACACCAUGGCACAAACUUGUGCGAUUGUGCUUCCGGUGAUCCCGUGCCCCGAGGAAGACCCGGUACCGGCAGCUAUCCUCGUGCUGGGUCUCAACGCGGAGCCUCCAUUCAAUCAGCAGACUGACGAGCUGGCACAUGCACUGGUGCCCCUCCUCGCAACGCACCUUGUCGGUGCGCGUGACACCCAGCGAGACGUCAAGCGAAUGAAAGAUCUGGCGUCGCUCAACAAAGCCAAGAGCCUAUUAUUCUCCAACGUUGCGCGCGAGCUGUUUCCGCCACUGGCCCUCAUUGCAGGACCGCUCGACGACGUAAUUGCAAGCACUAGCGAGACGCAAAACCGCAGUAACCUCCUCAUUGCUCGCCGCCAUGUGCGCCGCUUGACGCGCUUGGCCACCGUGCUCAUGGACGUGAGCAAUAUUGAAGCUGGCAAAAUGCAGGCUUCGUUCCGGCGCGUCAACCUGGGACUCCUUACUCGCGACAUGGCCAUGCUGUUCAAAAAGGCUGCCCAGCAGGGGAACCUUGAGCUGAUCCUCGAGUGCGAUACUACCGACCGUGACGUGUACGUCGACAGGGACAAGUGGGAAACCAUCCUGUUCAACCUCAUGGGCAAUGCUGUCAAGUAUACUCGCGAGGGCCAUGUCCACGUUACACUUUCAUAUGAUGCGUCCGAGGCUGUCAUGUCUAUCCAAGAUACUGGUAUUGGUAUCCCUGCAGCCGAGCUUCAGGCCAUGGGCGAGUGGGUUGGUCCGGGAGAGGCAGUGCCGGAGACGGACAACAGGACUGGCAUUGCCCUGUCGUUUACAAAACUCCACCGUGGUGCGUUUGAGGUCCAGAGCAAGACUGCUGCAGAGUCAGCAGACGGCUCGCAUGGUACCACCUGUCGUGUUCGCCUGAGCCUAGGACACGCGCACCUCCCCGUUGACGCAAUCCACGAGACCACGGCACCCGAAGCCCACGACUGGCAGAAGGAGAUGGAGGCGCUCGACCUCAACGACCCUCCUCUCGACGAGUCUGUCACAACCACAACCACCAUCAAGCGCACACGGUCCAUUGAACCCACCACUCUCUAUUUCCACAAGGACGACGUUAUCAUGGUUGUCGAUGGCAUGGCCGAUUCGAGACGGUACAUCCGGUCCAUCUUUGCCCCCUACUGUACCGUCGUGGAAGCGCGGGACGCGCAAGAGGCGCUUGACCUUUGGGCAUCGUGUAAUCCGAAUCUCGUCAUUGCCGACCUGUUGCUGCCAAACUCUGGAGGCAAUGGGCUGCUCAGAGCGCUCCGUGAGGGCACGCGCGAACAGAAGCUUGUUCCCUUCCUCAUGCUCACUACGACCCAAGACCCGCCGCCGCCGACGAGCGAUGGCAUGGCAGCAGACGACUUUCUUCCCAAACCCUACAACGGAAGGGAACUUCUCGCGCGCGCCGACAUGCAGCUGCAGCUUGGCAAGAAGCGGCUCAUGCUGGAGACCCUGUUUGAGGAGCGCACUGCAGACAUGCGGGUGCUCACAGACUUGUCGCCCGUUGGCAUCUUCCGCUGCUCGCCGGACGGCUACGUGACGUACGCCAACACGGCAUGGUACGAAGUGUCUGGCUAUCCAAUGCACCAAAAGAUCACCGACUGGGGCGACUAUAUUGGCGAGGGUUUCCAAGACUACGUUCGUGGUGUGUGGGAAAACUUUGUGCCGUCUGAAGGCUUCAGUGUGCAGGCCGAGUACAUGUGGAAGAAUGGCCGUUGGGUGGUGACCACGGCUCUGCGGCUUAGGGGACCCACGGGGUGCCUGCGAGGGUUUAUCGGGUGCUCGGUCGAGGUGACUGAGCGCAAGCUCAACGAAGAACUGCAGCGGCAGCGCAUGGUCGAGGCGGAACAGAGGCGGGCCGAGGCUGAAGAGGCGAAACGCCAGCAGGAGCUGCUGAUUGACAUUACAUCCCACGAGAUGCGCAACCCAACGAGCAGUUUGAUGCAGUGCUCGUCUUUGGUCAAGACAAACCUCCUCGUCCUGCAAGAACAGAUGCAAGAUGCGAUCGACAACCAACGGCCGUUUUUGCCGACCGACCAGCUCCUUGCGACACUGUCCGAGGACCUCGAUGCGCUGGACAGCAUCUACCAAUGCAGCUUGACACAGGAGAGGAUCAGCAACGACGUGCUUUCCCUGGGGCGAAUGCAGCUCAACAUGUUGGACAUGUACGAUGUCGAGACGCGGAUCAUCGACGAGGCGGAGCGGAUCACGUCCGUCUUCCAGAACGAGGCGCGCAUGAAGCGUGUACACUUGUCGCUGCAAGUUGGCGCCGGGUUUGAGGCACUUGGCGUGUCGUCAUUCAUGGCCGACCCCGUCAGGCUCGGCCAGAUUAUCACAAACUUGCUGUCCAACGCUAUCCGGUUUACGGCCAACUCGCCCGUGCGGCUCAUCAAGCUGUGUCUCGACGUCCGGCUGGAGCCACCCACAGACGACAGCUGCACCCCGCCGCCGUUGCGCCUGGACCAGUCGCUCGAGGACAGCACCGAGGGGCGGCCAGUGUUCGUCUACGUGUCCGUCGCCGACACUGGGCCGGGCCUCACCCCCGACCAGCUCCAGCUCCUGUUUCACCGGUUCUCGCAGGCGUCCCCGCAGAUCCACACCAUGUUUGGCGGGUCGGGUCUGGGCCUGUUUGUGUGUCGCAAGCUUGCCGAAAUCAUGGGUGGGCGGAUCGACGUCGUCUCCGAGCUGGGCAAAGGCUCGGAAUUCCGGUUCUUCAUCAAGGCGCGCGCGUGCACCGCCGCCGCCGCCGCCGCCGCCAGCGUCGCGACGCCUCCAGCGGCCUUGUCAGCCCCGACAUCACCGACUCGGGCGUCAGUGGCGGCGGUCGUGUCCAAGGCUGCUUCGUCGCCCGCCUCGACCCGCCCGACCGAGCCGGCCGGCCACGCACGCGUCCUCGUGGUCGAGGACAACCUCAUCAACCGCACGGUCCUGCUACGCCAGCUCAAGCAUGUGGGGUUUGCGGCGGACGCAGCCGCGGACGGCGCCGAGGCCGUGGACAAGAUCCGGCAGAACAUGGCCGCCGGGUGUGGCACGCCGUACGACUGCGUGCUCAUGGACCUCGAGAUGCCCAUCAUGGACGGGUACGCCGCGGCGCGGCUGGUGCGCUCGCUGGAAAAGGACGGCGUGCUGGCCUUUAGCCCCAUCAUUGCCCUCACGGGUAACGCGCGCCAGGCCAUGAUCAAGGAGGCCAUGGCAGACUUUACCGACGUCGUGGUCAAGCCGUACCGCCUCGACGACCUGCUGCGCAAGAUGGAGAAGGCGAUGGCACGGGAGGAAGAGGAGUAG